UGAGGCUUCCCGGCGUCCGCUCGCUGCCCGCAGCGCCGCGCCGGAGGUCCGCCCGCUGAGGCGCGGCAGGUGCGCCGGCACCCUGUGCGCUCACCUGCCAGCCUGCGCGCCAUGGGGCAGCCCGGGAACCGCAGCGUCUUCUUGCUGGCGCCCAACGGCAGCCACGCGCCGGACCAAGAUGGCACGGAGGAACGUAAUGAGGCGUGGGUCGUGGGCAUGGGCAUCGUCAUGUCGCUCAUCGUCCUGGCCAUCGUGUUUGGAAACGUGCUGGUCAUCACAGCCAUCGCCAAGUUCGAGCGUCUGCAGACGGUCACCAACUACUUCAUCACCUCCCUGGCCUGUGCUGACCUGGUCAUGGGCCUGGCGGUGGUGCCCUUUGGGGCCAGCCACAUCCUCAUGAAAAUGUGGACCUUUGGCAACUUCUGGUGUGAGUUUUGGACUUCCAUUGACGUCCUGUGCGUCACGGCCAGCAUCGAGACCCUGUGCGUGAUCGCAGUGGAUCGCUACUUUGCUAUCACAUCACCCUUCAAGUACCAGAGCCUGCUGACCAAGAAUAAGGCCCGGGUGGUCAUCUUGAUGGUGUGGAUCGUGUCGGGCCUUACCUCCUUCUUGCCCAUCCAGAUGCACUGGUACCGGGCCACCCACCAGGAAGCCAUCAACUGCUAUGCCAAGGAGACAUGCUGUGACUUCUUCACGAACCAAGCUUAUGCCAUUGCCUCCUCCAUCGUGUCCUUCUACUUACCCCUGGUGGUCAUGGUCUUCGUCUACUCCAGGGUCUUCCAGGUGGCCCAAAGGCAGCUCCAGAAGAUCGACAGAUCUGAGGGCCGCUUCCAUGCCCAAAACCUCAGCCAAGUGGAGCAGGAUGGGCGGAGUGGGCACGGACACCGCAGGGCCUCCAAGUUCUGCCUGAAGGAACACAAAGCCCUCAAAACUCUGGGCAUCAUCAUGGGCACUUUCACCCUGUGCUGGCUGCCCUUCUUCAUUGUCAACAUAGUGCACGUGAUCCAGGAUAACCUCAUCCCCAAGGAAGUUUACAUCCUCCUAAACUGGGUGGGCUAUGUCAACUCUGCUUUCAAUCCCCUUAUCUACUGCCGGAGCCCGGACUUCAGGAUUGCCUUCCAGGAGCUUCUGUGCCUGCGUAGGUCUUCACUGAAGGCCUAUGGGAAUGGCUACUCCAACAACAGUAACAGCAGGACCGACUACGCUGGGGAGCACAGUGGAUGUCACCUGGGGCAGGAGAAAGACAGCGAACUGCUGUGUGAGGACCCCCCAGGCACGGAAGACCUUGCGAACCGUCAAGGUACUGUGCAUAACGAUAGCAUUGAUUCACAAGGGAGGAAUUGUAGUACAAACGACUCACUGCUCUAAGGCAGUUUUUCUACUUUUUAUGAAACCCCUCCCCCAGCACAACACUACACAGACUAUUUAACUUGAGUGUAAUACAUUUAGAAUAAAAUUGUAUAGAGAUGUGCAGAAGGGCAGCCUUCUGCCUUUUUUUUAUUUUUUUAAGCUGUAAAAAAAGAGAGCAUAUUCGAGUGAUUGUUUCUUGUACAGUUGAGUUCCUUUUUUUGCAUGGAACGUGUCUGUUUGUAUCUGAAGGGCUUCAGUCCCAGAGGACCUGGGGUUGCUCUGUUUUGAUGACUUUUCCGUGGAUCUACCUCAUUGGUCAAGUAUUAGGGGUAAUAUAUAUACAUAUAUAUUGCUGCUGGUAAUUUGUAUGUGAAGGAGUCUUUUCCUUCCCGUACCCUUGCACUGGAAGAUCUUGAGUAUCUCGGACCUUUCAGCUGUGAACACGGACUCUCCCCGCUCCUCUUAUUUGCUCAAACAGGGUGUUGUAGGCAGGGACUUGAGGGGCAGUUUCAGUUGUGUUCCUGAGCAAAGUCUAAAGUUUACAGUAAAUAAAUUGUUUGACCAUGACUUCAUUGCACCUGUUUCUCCCAAAACCCCUUGAGUGGAGUGUGGUCACCUCCCCCGCUGGAAACCGCAGGUAACUAUUUGUAAUAACUGCCCAGGGACUUAAUACAGAAUGAUACAGGAGUGGCGUGCACUGAUUGCUUAACCCUUUCCUUUGCCUUUGAAUCUGCUGCCGCAAACCUGUAUCUCUCUUAAUGCCAGUGCCUCGGGGCAGUUCCGCCCGCCGUCAGCAUAGCUUGUCUCGCCGGUCCCAUGGCGAGGAUUCCUUGUUAGAGCCGAAACACUGACUCACAGAAACGGAGUUACGGGCCUCUGUUUUGUCCCUCCGCGCGCCCACGCCACCACCCACCUACAAGUCCUACUUGUUCACUAGCUGCUCAUGUUAUGAUACAUUGGCUGCCUCUUAUAGUGGAAAUCUUUGUACUGCGUCAGAGUUUGGCAUUUUAAAGAGAAGGAAGACGCUCUUAUGAGCAAGGUCCUCAAACAAAGCCCUUUACCUCCAAGGAAACCUGGAAAGGGCACUGGUCAUAGGGACAGAGCUGGAAAACACCCACCCGAUGAAUACCUCAUGACCUCGGAGUGGGAUCGCAGCCCCUCCUCCUUCUUUCCUUCUGUCCCCCCCACCCCGCCCCGCCCCUGUUCUUCUGACCCUCCUCACUUGGGUAUAGAGCCCGACUUCUCAGCUCUGGCACUGUUACCACGGCGGGCCAGGUGACUCUCCGUAGCGGGGGGCUGUCCCGUGUGUGGUCAGAGCUGCGGCGGCAUCCCUGUUCUCUCCCCAUCAGAUGCCGGCUGCACCCUCCAAAAAAUGCCAAAGACUCCUCGAGGGGUGAAAUCACCCCUGGCUGAGAACCAUAGAGAGAAGCUUCAAAAAUCUAGACAGAUUGGUAGCUUCUGUCUAAUGCAACUGCUUGAUUUAGGCAGAGCAUCCGAGAGGGACUUUCCACUGUCUGCCCAGUUAGUGGCAGCCCCCAGGCCACCCCCCCAUCCAUGCUGCCUUCCGAACUCACCUUCCAGCCACCCCGACACUGACUGUGUUUGGGGGGACGUGCAGUGUUUGGGAGGGCUUAUCCGUGGAGGCGAGGCCUGUGAGUCUACUGCCUUUUUGUGCAGAGGUUCUAAUACUGUGAAGAGGCACAGGAGGGAAAAAUAACAAAAGUAAACACAUCGCUUCUCCCACCCCCUUCCUAUUUUUGCCCGUGGGUCUGAGCCAGAGUUUGGCCCAGGUUUGACCGAGUGGACCGUCCUCCUUGGCAACUGGCAGCCUGGAGAGGAUCAGCCCUCAGGUUCACUGCCAUUUCACCCGCUCCUGAAGCUGACUCCACUUCUCUCUUCCCUUCUGUCCCAGCCAAGGUCCCCAACCAGAAAAGCACUGGCUUCCUCAGCUUCCUGUCAGCUCAGUGAUGGGUGUCCGGGUGCAGGCUCAGCUCUCAGAGGGAAAACUAGGUGCCCAAGUUCCUGGAACGUGCUGUGGUGAAUGGGAGAGUGGGUGCCCUUCAGCACUUUUACUUGUUCUCCAAGGGCUUCCCUGCCCAUUCUUACAUUCUCCACCUGCUCUGGACCCCCCACCCAGGGGUGUGGGCCACUUCUCCAGCUAAUUUUCACCCUCCUGGUAGCCUCACAGGAUCUUGGACUUGCAAGAGCCCGUAGAAAGCACUGGGCAUCCGAGGAGAUGAAAAGUCUAUGAAGGGGAAUGACCUGCCCGAGGUAAGAAGCCAAGGAUGUAAGUAAGAGACAGGGUAAUAGCCGGAGAAGCCAGCUGUCAGCUGUUAUUCCAGAAACUGCUGUGUUCCCUCCACUGCCU